ACAUCUACCGUGACACGUGUGUUUUGAAGUGUGAUGUUUCUGUAACCUUAUUCCACUGAACUGAAUUAUUCUCAGACGAGAUAUAGGAUUAGUAACGAUUUAAAAAUUCAAAAAGUACUUUAGAUAUCGAUUAUUUGGUUUCCUGCAAUGUUAAGUCUUCUUAUUCUGAAUUCAUUUGCAAAGGCUAUCAAUAACUGUAACCUAUAAGAUUUUCAUCAAUUCUCAGCGCAAAAAUGGGUAUAUUUGGCGAUUCCCGAGGAAAAAAAAAUAAUAAAAGAAAUAGGAACGCUAAGCCUGUUGUAAAAACACGUAAGGAGUUGCGAAAAGAUAAAAGAAAGCAGAAAAAGACUAACCGAGCUGAGUACUAUCAGAAGAAAAAUGAAUUGCCUGGCAAGUAUGUUCGAAAUCCUGAUCAAGGAAAAGCAGCAUCAACAGUUACUGCACACCUUACAAAAAAUAAGAAGUUAGAUCUUGAUGCAAAGAAGAAGAAGCACGAUCAAGAAAAAAAACAACAGCUGAAGCUGCAAAAAGAUAUGGAACGAAACAGGAAACUCCAAUUAAAAGAAGCUAAUAUUGCAGAAGAUAAAAUUAUCAAACAACUAGAAAAAAAUCUCAAAAUAAACAAACGGAAGGGCAAAUCAAUACCCAAGUCUUUUCAAUCUGAUGGUCUUAAUUAUCUUUUAGAAAUGUGUGAUGAUGAAAAUAGAAAACUUGCUGUCGAAACAGAAAAACAACUGUUGGCUACAGAAUCAGGCUCAGAAUUUGAGGAUGAUUUCAUGAUGAUUACGCAAUCUACUAACAAAAAGAAAAACAAAUCAUGUGUGAACAAUGAACAGCCCAAUCACGAUGAUGAUGAUUUUUCUGGUAUAGAAAAUACAAGCACUGAUGAAUAUAGUAGUGAUGGCGAGGAAUCAAUAUCUCCUAGAAAUAAAACAAAACCCCAGAUGUCUGGUAAAAAUAAGCGAAAAGCUGAUUCAGAUGAUGAAGUCCCUACUACUUCACAUAAAAAAGCUUUAACCAAGUUGCAUUCACAUAGUAGUCAUUCUGAGUCCUCGGAGGAUGAUGAUGACUUUGGCAAUGAAUUUGAUGUGGCUGAUACGGAUACUGACGAUGAUGAUGAUGAUGAUGAUGAUGAUGUCAAUCAUGAUAAUGUUGUGAAUUCGAAGGAUCUGAACAAAGGUACCAGUGAAAAAGAUACUCAGAUUUGGGAAGAUAUAUAUGGCCGUACCCGAGAUGAGCAUGGGAACGUUAUAACGAAUACCACCGGUAAAUAUGUCCCACCUGCAGUGAGAGCAAAACAAGAAAAUGCUGAUUCUCUGAAAGAUCAAAAAGUGUUGCGACUCAAGAAACAAAUUAAAGGGUUGUUAAACAGGUUGGCAGAGCACAACAUGCACAACAUCGUUACGCAGUUGGAUGAGUUGUACAUGUCCAACAGCCGCAAUGACAUGAAUCAAAUCUUGUUUAAUCUGAUGAGAGAAUCAAUAGUUGCACCGGUAUUGACACCAGAUCGAUUGAUCACAGAACAUAUGAUGCUUGUUGCAAUUCUUCAUGCAAAUAUUGGUACAGAGAUUGGUGCACAUUUUCUAUUAUCUCUGGUCAAAGAUUUUGACCAAAUGUUAACGGAUUCACCAGAGGUCGAAAACAAAGAGGUGGACAAUGUUAUACUGAUGAUUUCACAUUUGUAUAACUUUAAGGUCUAUGACUCACAACUUUUAUUCCAAAUGCUCGCGAAAUUAUCGGAAAACCUGAUGGAAAAAGAGGUUGAAUUAAUUCUACAUAUUCUGAAAACAGUUGGAUUCGUAAUGCGAAAGGACAAUCCUAUUAUGCUUAAAGAAUUUAUAUUCAAGUUACAACAGAAGGCGGCAGAGAAUACUACAGAGAAUAGCUCAAGAGUUCAAUUCAUGUUGGAUAUUCUACUAGCAAUUAAAAAUAAUAACAUGACCAAAAUUCCUCAAUACGAUCCAACCCAUGUUGAACAUUUGAAAAAGUUGAUGAAGAAUUUGAUACGGAAAGGAAAUUAUGUAACUCAACUCAAUAUAUCACUUGACGAUUUACUAAAAGCUGACCAAAGGGGUAAAUGGUGGGUCGUUGGCUCAGCAUGGUCAGGGAAUAUAGAAUCUUCUAAACCUAUUCAAAAAACUGAUUCUGCCACAACAACAUUCAGUCAAAAGAUACUGGACUUGGCUCGCAAGCAGCGAAUGAACACUGAUAUCCGAAGGAAUAUCUUUUGUGUACUAAUGACGGCGGAAGAUUACUUGGAUGCAUUUGAAAAGCUUCAUCAUCUGGGAUUAAAAAACCAGCAAGACAGAGAAGUUAUCUACGUGAUUUUGGACUGUUGCCUUCAAGAAAAAAUAUUCAAUCCCUAUUACGCCGUGUUGGCGCAAAAAUUCUGUGAUUAUGAUCGAAAAUACCAGAUGACUAUACAAUACACGUUAUGGGACAAGUUGAAAACCUUAGGGAGCUUCUCGAGUAACCAACUGACCAAUCUUGCGAGAUUUUUAACUCACUUAUUUGUUCAGAAGGGACUUCCACUCUCCGUUUUAAAGGUAGUCGAGUUUGGUGAACUAGACAAACCAACCCUGAAACUUGUCAGGCAAAUCAUGCUCGGGAUUCUUCUUCACGAGAACUCUGAAAUUUGUAAUCAAGUAUUUGAGAGAAUAUCAGUCUCUCCGCAGCUGCAAAAUUUCCGAGAUGGACUCAGAUUAUUCAUAAGACAUUUUCUUCUGAAAAAUAUCAAAGCCGGCGUCAUACCAGAAGCUGAAAUGGCCAAAUUGAAAGAGAGAGCAAAACUUGCCGACAAGACGUUGAUGAUUCAUGGAGCGAGGACAGUAUUUUAAAACUCCAAAUCUACGGUAAAUUGAUGAAUCAUGUAUAUAAAUAAAUAUUCGACUUAA